UCGGGGCGGGAGGCUCGAGGCCAGCCCGGGACCCGGGGCUGGAAGCUGGGAGGCGGCAGCGGCAGAGGCGGCAGCGAGCGCCCGUGCUCCGACGCCCCCAGGCGGUGGGGCUGAGAGAGCCCGAGGGUGGCUCCGAGCGCUGACCCCGGUAUGUUCAAGAUGUUACUAUUCCUGCUGCUGCUAUGGUUUCUGCCCCCCACUGAGGGGUCCCAGCAUGCGGAACCCAUGUUCACUGCAGUCACCAACUCAGUUCUGCCUCCUGACUAUGACAGCAACCCUACCCAGCUCAACUAUGGUGUGGCAGUUACUGAUGUGGACCAUGAUGGGGACUUUGAGAUCGUUGUGGCAGGGUACAACGGCCCCAACCUGGUUCUGAAGUAUGACCGGGCGCAGAAACGGCUGGUGAACAUUGCAGUGGACGAGCGCAGCUCCCCGUACUAUGCUCUGCGAGACCGUCAGGGGAAUGCCAUCGGGGUCACAGCCUGCGACAUCGAUGGGGAUGGCCGUGAGGAGAUCUACUUCCUCAACACCAAUAAUGCCUUCUCAGGGGUGGCCACAUAUACAGACAAGCUGUUCAAGUUCCGAAACAACCGGUGGGAAGACAUCCUGAGCGAUGAAGUCAAUGUGGCCCGAGGCGUGGCCAGCCUCUUUGCUGGGCGCUCUGUGGCCUGCGUGGACAGGACGGGCUCCGGACGCUACUCCAUCUAUAUCGCCAAUUAUGCCUACGGUAACGUGGGCCCUGAUGCUCUCAUUGAAAUGGACCCCGAGGCCAGUGACCUCUCCCGGGGCAUUCUGGCGCUCAGAGAUGUGGCUGCUGAGGCUGGGGUCAGCAAAUACACAGGGGGCCGGGGUGUCAGCGUAGGCCCCAUCCUCAGCAGUAGUGCCUCGGAUAUCUUCUGUGACAACGAAAAUGGGCCCAACUUCCUCUUCCACAACCAGGGUGACGGCACCUUCGUGGACGCCGCAGCCGGAGCUGGUGUGGAUGACCCCCACCAGCAUGGGCGAGGUGUUGCCCUGGCUGACUUCAACCGUGAUGGCAAAGUAGACAUUGUCUAUGGCAACUGGAAUGGCCCCCACCGCCUCUAUCUGCAGAUGAGCGCCCAUGGGAAGGUCCGCUUUCGGGACAUCGCCUCACCCAAGUUUUCCAUGCCCUCUCCUGUCCGCACAGUCAUCGCUGCCGACUUUGACAAUGAUCAGGAGCUGGAAAUCUUCUUCAACAACUUCGCCCACCGCAGCUCCUCUGCCAACCGCCUCUUCCGCGUCAUCCGCAGGGAUCAUGGUGACCCCCUCCUUGAGGAGCUCAAUCCUGGCGAUGCCUUGGAGCCUGAGGGCCGGGGCACAGGGGGCGUGGUGACAGACUUCGAUGGAGAUGGGAUGCUGGACCUCAUCUUGUCCCACGGGGAGUCCAUGGCUCAGCCGCUGUCUGUCUUCCGGGGGAGCCAGGGCUUCAGCAACAACUGGCUGCGAGUGGUCCCUCGGACCCGGUUCGGGGCCUUCGCCAGGGGCGCUAAGGUCGUGCUCUACACCAAGAAGAGCGGGGCCCACCUGAGGAUCAUCGACGGUGGCUCAGGCUACCUGUGCGAGAUGGAGCCCGUGGCACACUUUGGCUUAGGGAAGGAUGAAGCCAGCAGCGUGGAGGUGACAUGGCCAGAUGGCAAGAUGGCAAGCCGGAGCGUGGCCAGUGGGGAGAUGAACUCAGUGUUGGAGAUCCCUUACCCCCGGGAUGAGGACAGACUUCAGGACCCAGCCCCACUGGAGUGUGGCCGAGGAUUCUCCCAGCAGGAAAACGGCCAUUGCAUGGACACCAACGAGUGCAUCCAGUUCCCAUUUGUGUGUCCUCGAGACAAGCCCGUGUGUGUCAACACGUAUGGGAGCUACUGGUGCCGGACCAACAAGAGGUGCAGUCGGGGCUACGAGCCCAACGAGGACGGCACAGCCUGCGUGGCUCAAGUGGCCUUUUUAGGUGGGUAUCCUUCUGCUGCCUUUAGAAUCUCUGAGUCUCUCUCUGGGGCCUCAUAUCUUUCUCUAGGCCUUGGACUUUGCCUUCAGUUAUAUGCACUUUAAAUCCCAUCAAUAAAAGAAAAAAAAAAAAACUAACAGCCUUUGUGGAAAGCUAAAUCUCUCCUGCUGCCUGUCUCUCCACGCCCAGUAGAUUCUGCUGCAUGCUCCUCUGAAUGGACAGCAGGGGUGGCCAUCUUUGAAAAGGGAAGCUUGGGAGAUGCUGCUGCUUGUGUAACCUUAGUUGUUUGUGAAGCUAUUCUUUGCAUGUUUUCUCAGAAAACAGAAAAGGGAAGUCUCCCCUUUACCCCCUCAGUCUUUCAGAAGAAUCAAGAUAGUCCUGUCUUUUCUGUAUCCUCCAGUGUCCUGAGCAGCUAAUUUUGCCCUUAACAAAGAUGGCUCCCCAGGUGGUUGCUUGCUCGGUUGAUUUGACAGUGUAUCAGGCACCUGCUAGUUUGGCCUGUGUUGUUUCUGCUCUGUGCGCCCUGACUUCCUGUGGCAGAAAGCCUGAUUGGGGUUGGUGGUGAUGAUGGGAGGGGAAAGGGUGGUCCUUUGGCCCUCUUGAUAAACAUGUUAAAGUUGGAACUUGCAAAGUCUUCCAGCCUCUUUCUGGAGAAAUUAUGCCAAUAAACUCUCUGCUGGAUAUUAG